UCGAUACACAGUAGGGAACUGCAGUAAGUAGCUAAUUUAGAUUGUAGGUAGGUAGACAAUAACGGUGUCUGGACAUCACCAAAACUGGCAGAGUUGAAGCUGUUUAGGAAUACAUUUCACACUUUUGAACAUAACGUAGUCAGCCGAUAACUUGGCUAGCUUAUGCCACGAAAGGAUGAUUGCUCAACUCAAAACCAUUGAUUUUCUACCAGUAGCUAAAAACGCAUGUGUAGUGCCCUCUCAAGUCACAAUUUGUUGUUUUUCCCCACAAUUAUUCACAUAGAAGUGGUUCCUAGUGCAACAUGGAUGUGAUUUUAGAUAGACCAAAAGCAAGCAUGUCAGACAGAAGAGCUGAAUUGGAGCGCAAAAAGGCCAAACUGCAGGCUCUCAGGGAGGAAAAAGAUCGUAGGAGACGUGAAAAAGAAUUGAAAGAUGUUGAAGAGGCAACCAGUCGAACAAUCAUGGGUGGUGGAGGUGACAGAAAAGAACUGGAUGAUCUACUCAGAGAAGUUGGUGUGGCCCCUGUAUCUGAUGUCUUUUCCAGUAUUUCCAGUGCUAAUUCCCUGACUCCUGAACAUAGCAGGAAUCAUACACCAGACACCUCUUUGCAGCCUAAUAGUUUACCCAAUAAUGUUAUAGCAGUGAAGAAAAAGGUUCCACAGUUGACUGUGGUACCAGUGCAAUCUACUAAUAUACCCCCUAAAGAGGUGGUUCUUUACACUAAACAGACCCAGACUACCACAACUGGUCAUGAUGUCAGAGAUGCACAUGCAACUGAUUAUUACGUUUUGACGUAUGACGACGGGCAAGAAGGCGAGGAAGAGGAGAACAGUCUGCCCCAUUUGGGUGGCGGCUACGGCAGCAAAUUGCCGCCCGGCAUCCUGCCCCACGGGCUGCCCCAGGUGAAGGAGGUCCGCCCGGCUGUGACGCAAUUGGAACAGGAACAGAAUAAGAAGGAGGAGCAGAAAGAAGUUAGGGAGCUCAGUGAAGAGGAAAAACAGAUGAUAAUACUUUCCGAAGACUUUCAACAUUUCGUCGACAGAGCUGGAAGAAUAAUGGAAAGGGCCUUAUGUGAGAGCAUAGACAUUUAUAUGGAUUAUACAGGAGGAUUAGGAGAUGAUGGACUGGAUGAAAAAUCGCACCAGCGAAUAUCCCUCAACAGGCACUUCUUCGACGAACGAUGGUCGAGAAAUCGCACUGUCACCUCUCUCGAUUGGUCCCCCCAAUUUCCCGAACUCCUUCUGGCCUCCUACAACAACAACGAAGAGUUGCCCAACGACCCUGACGGGGUAGUCCUUGUCUGGAACACCAAGUACAAGAAGGCCACGCCCGAGUACAUAUUUCACUGUCAGAGUGCCGUGCUGUCGGCUACAUUCGCCAGGUUUCAUCCCAAUCUGAUAUUGGGCGGUACGUAUUCGGGACAGAUCGUACUUUGGGACAAUCGGGUGCAGAAAAGGACGCCCAUACAAAGGACACCUCUGUCUGCGUCUGCCCACACUCAUCCCGUAUACUGCAUGAGCGUGGUAGGCACCCAGAACGCCCACAACCUCAUCAGCAUCUCCACCGACGGUCGUCUCUGUUCGUGGUCGCUCGACAUGCUCGGCCAGCCGCAGGAGAUCCUCGAUCUGCAUCGCGCCCAAACCAAGCCGGCGGCGGUCACGUGCUUGGACUUCCCCCACUCCGACGUCAACAAUUUCGUGGUGGGCAGCGAAGAGGGGGCAGCCUAUUCGGCUUGUAGGCAUGGGGCGAAAGCCGGGGUGACUGAUACUUAUGAUGGGCAUCAAGGGCCUGUGACUGGGGUGUCUGUUAAUGCGGUGCAGGGUGGCAUCGAUUUUUCCCAUAUGUUUUUGACGUCUUCGAUCGAUUGGACGAUCAAGUUGUGGAGUUUGAAGGACUCGAAGCCCAUGUACUCGUUCGAGGACAACGGGGACUACGUGCUAGACGUGAAAUGGUCGCCCUGCCACCCUGCCCUGUUCGCCUCCGUGGACGGGGGCGGCCGCCUCGAUCUGUGGAACCUCAACCAGGACACUGAAGUGCCGGCGGCUAGCGCCCUAGUGGGCGGCGGCGCGGCCCUGAACAAGGUGUCGUGGGCGCCCUCUGGACUGCAAAUUACCGUGGGCGACGGGCAAGGGAAGAUUUGGGUGUACGAUGUGGCGGAGAACUUUGCACAUCCGAGACACGACGAAUGGAACAAAUUCUUGUACACCACCCAAGAACUGAGAAACAACCAGGUGGACGACGAACUAGAAAAAUUAAACUAUUCCGGCUCGAGCCAAUCAUCGAUCAGCAUGACGGCUCUGACGUCGACCCCACUGCGAUAA